CGAUACCUCAUUGCAAAACACUCGAUCAUUGGUGACGCUAAACUGAAAUUUCGGAAUUUUGCCAUUAUUCUUAAAAGUGACCAUUAGUGCAAGACCACAAAGCUCGUAUUGAAGAAUUACCAGGAUGCUGUGGACGUGGGAUAAGACAGAUGCUGUGAUCUUCCAGGGAGUCCUCAGUGCUGUGGUGUCCUUCCUGGUCAACACAGCGACGGGACAAUGCUGCUGGGCUCUGUUCCUGGGGCUGUGGGCGGUCACUUCUGCUGCGUAUAUUAUCGCGUCAGCUCUCCAGGUAUCCCCAAAAGGACGCGCUGUUCUGAUCACUGGGUGUGACUCUGGCUUCGGUCUCGACCUUGCACUGCACCUUGAUAAAUUGGGAUUUCGCGUGUUCGCCGGCUGCCUGCUCGCGACGGGGGGCGGCGAAGGCUCCCGCAGACUACGCAGGGAAGGCACCGAGAGGCUUCACGUCCUGCAGUUGGAUGUCACGUCUCAGGAGCAGAUAAGGAGGGCGGUGGAGGAAGUCAACAGGAAGAUGUCGAGGGAAGAGCAAUUCUGGGGCUUGGUCAACAACGCCGGCUGGGCUACCUACGGCGAACUCGAGUGGGUUACCAUGGAAACAUUUCGUCGUAUAACAGACAUCAACGUCUUCGGGAUACUGGCUAUGACAAAGGCCUUUUUGCCGCUGAUUAGGAGGUCUAAAGGGCGCGUCGUAAACAUCUCAAGCGGGCUGGCAAGGAUGGCAGUGCCGAUGAGGUCACCUUACGUGCUCUCCAAAUACGCCGUGGAAGGCCUUAGCGACGUCUUGAGGUAUGAAAUGAAGACAUGGGGUGUAGGUGUGUCGCUCAUCGAACCGGGAAAUUAUAUUGCCGGAACGAGUAUUUUCACCGAGAAGACGAUCCAGGACGACGCCUCCCGAAUGUGGGAUGCCAUGAGCGAGGACGUGAGGGGAGAUUAUGGCAGACAGCAUUUCGAGGCGAGAGUCGGUCUCAUGAGGAAAUAUGCCACGGGCGGGAUGACAGACUUGAUGCCUGUGAUCAACGCAUACACCGAGGCCUUGUUGCAGCGGUUCCCCCAGCCACGUUACAAGCCCAUGAAUCUGUAUUUCAGAAUUAGGUUGUUCAUUGCCACGCAUCUGCCUGAGGUGUUCUAUGAUAAUAUUUACAUAGAUUACCUGAAGAAAUGAAGGUGUUUGAUCUCUUAAGGUCUGAAUAAACUUCCUAUUGGAUUUUG